AGACCCCUGUGCGACUUGUUCCAACACUCAAUGGAUUCGGGGACCCUGCCAAGGGAGUGGAAAAGAGCCAUCCUUUCUCCAAUCUUCAAGGGUGGGGACAGGCAAAACGCUGCUAGCUAUAGACCAGUAGCUCUACUCCCAGUGGUAUCAAAAGUACUGGAAAGUAUUAUUGACGACCACAUCAGGGAAUAUUUCGAUAGGACUAAUAUACUGCAUGAAGCCCAACAUGGUUUCAGAAAAGGCAGAUCCUGCGUCACUAACCUACUGUCAGCUUGGGACGACUGGACAUCAUGCUGGGACUUGAACGUACCAGUCCAUGUGGUCUUCCUAGACUUUGAGAAGGCAUUUGACACUGUUCACCAUGACCUUCUCCUACAUAAAAUAAGCCAGGCAGGCAUAGGUGAGCCACUUCUGUCAUGGUUGAAGGACUACCUAGCCGACAGGCAAUUUUGCACUAAGGUUAACCGAGUCCGAUCAUCUUGGCACAGAUCGUCAUCAGGAGUGUCGCAGGGUUCUAUCCUAGGACCACUGAUGUUUUUGAUUUUCAUCAAUGAUCUACCACGCCGUCUGAGCUGCCCGACUCUCCUGUACGCUGACGACGUAAAAAUAUGGAGGGCGAUAAAGUGUCCGGAGGACUCAGAUAGGCUACAGGAAGACCUAAACCUUCUGGAAGAUUGGGCGGUGGCCAGUGGCAUGACUUUCAACUUGAAAAAGUGCAAAGUAGUGAAGUUGCGCACCUGUAGACUGCAGAAUGCAAGUUACACCCUGUGCAAUGAAAGCUUGUCCUGCACAACGUCGGAACGCGACUUAGGUCUAGUUCUAACGGAAAAAAUGGACACAAGCGUAAAUUACACAGGGGAUGUAGCGAGGGCAUAUGCGGUCAUACACUUUACGCAUAGACAGUUAGGUGCACUCACUCCUGAGCUCUUUCUAAUGUUGUACAAAACAUACGUCAGGCCACACCUUGAGGUGCAUAAUAUUAUUGCACCCCCAAUGCUGAGAAGAGAUGCCAACCUCUUGGAAAGAGUCCAACGACGGGCAACAAAAGGAGUGGUUGGUCUCCGAAACAAACCAUAUGAUGAGAGGCUGAAGAAAUUAGGCCUGUUCACACUUAGUUACCGUCGGCUUAGGGGGGAUUUGAUUACUGCCUACAAAAUAACAAAUGACCAGAAUCACCCAAACAAAGGUGUUCUGCCAUUGAGUAGGUAUAGGCUUCCACGUGGAAAUCCCAGAAGGAUAGCUCACCAGAGGGCAAGGACCCGGGUGCGCUCCCACUUCUUUUCACUGCGGGUUUGUCGUCCCUGGAAUUCCUUACCGGCAGAUGUAGCUAUGGCACCGUCUUUGGACGCCUUUAAGCGAAGGCUGGACAACCAUGCAGCGAUACAAGGACUGCAUCCAAAUGGCCUAUCUCCUUAAAAUCGCAUUUACCAAUCAGGGUAGAUAAUUAAACUCGUCAUUUUACUUCUUUACAUUCUCUCCCGUCUUACUCUCCUGACAACUUAUUAAUAUUAUAAUUACUAUUAUUAUUAUUACUAUUAACGAUAUAUAUAUUAUUCUUCAAACUUCAUGAGCUGACUGUUGUUACGUUUCCUAUUUUCGUUUCUGUCUCUUAGUCUGAAUAGCUUCACUAAUUAUAUCUAUUAUUAUUAUUAUUACUAUUAUUAUUAUUAUUACUAUCUCUUUUCUCUUGUCGACAAUACCGAAGGACUAACUGGCGAAAGGAUCAACUCCAAUCACAGUAGUAACAGUCUUAACAUACCUCAUACUACAAACCACAUAUAAUUAAUCCCAGCACUACUCCCUUUGGAGUCAACCAAAGCUACGACAGUCGAGUGGCGGGACAAGCUACGCAGAAGUUUACCGAAGAUCAAGAACCUAUACCUCACAAUCAAGAGGCGAGCACAAAGAAAUCAAAUUGGUUUAUACUAGCUCAUAUCCAGGUUUAUUGGCGCUGUAUAGGUAGUGAUUUGGAUUUUGAC